GACGCAAAUGAGGCAGUAUUGGCUGCGCUGAGGGCAGGGUUCCGGCAUGUAGACACUGCUCAAGCAUAUCGAAAUGAAGAAACUGUCGGUUCUGCAAUCCAUGAGUGGUUUGGUGACGAUGAUUCCGCGACUUACCAAGCAAGCCGGGCCGUUGAAAAUGAUCUUUCUCCCUCUGAUGCAAGCGAAACAAGUUCUUCGAGAAGAAAAGAUAUUUGGGUGACCACUAAAUACAUUGGUGAUGAUGUCGGUCCUUUGGAGUCGUUGAAAGAAAGCCUCAAAAAGUUACAAUUGAACUAUGUAGAUCUAUAUCUCGUUCAUAGACCCGAAGUUCUUGUUGGGAAAAGAGAAGAGUGGUGGCGAGAAUUUGAGAAAGCGAGAGAACUUGGAUUGGCAAAGAGCAUUGGAGUCUCAAACUUCCAGCAAGACGACCUCCAAGAGCUGUUGAAGAUAGCAAAAGUCAAGCCUGCGGUGAACCAAGUGAGCAGACAAGAGGUUCAA